AAAUGGUUCAGUUAUUCAUUUAUUUAUCAUUUCCAAUUUCCUCAUUUUACAGAUGGGAAAACAGAGGUCCAAAGAGGGAGUUUUCUCAGCCAAAGUUAUAUAUACCCAAUUUUAAAAGUGGGGCCCUCCUGCAUCCAGAAAAUGAACUCUAUCCCCAGGCCAGCAAACUACCUGUUGGGGCUAAACUUCCAAACAGGGAGGUAGACAGGAGCAUCCCCAUUUCUCUUCGGACUCCAAAUGUAUUUAUUCUUUCCAUUAUUUCAUGCAAUAAUAAUAAUCAGACACGUAUAUAGCAUUUUCAGUUUAUGAAGUACUCUAACAAAUGUUAUCUUUUCUUUAUUAUUAUUUUUUCUUUUUUUCUGAGGCAAUUGGGGUUAUGUGACUUGCCCAAGGUCACACAGCUAGGAAGUAUUAAGUGUCUGAGGCUAGAUUUGAACUCAGGUCCUCCUGACUUCAGGGAUGGAGCUCUAUCCACUGCACCACCUAGUUGCCCUCCCCCUUUAUUAUUAUUUUAGUAAAAGAAUAUCUAGCUGUGUGACCCAAUUGCCUCAGCAAAAACAAAAACAACAAAAAAAGAAUAUGUUAACUUGAGGGCAGGAGUUCUAGCAUCACAGGUCUGAUGCUCCUCCCAACCCAUCUGGUGCCCUUUCUAAUAUAAACUAGUAUAGUCUAAUAUAAACACUGUCUUUCAAUAAGAUAAGAAAAGGACCAAGCCAGAAGCUGGGAAUCUGUUUUCGUAGAAUUCCUGCCCUGUCAUCUGGUGAUGGAAGCUUCCAAUCUGAUUAGUCCUUUGGAGACAUCAAAAGAAGAUCCAGACAGGGAGGGAUAAGCUGAGGGGAUCAGCUUAAGCAGUCCAGCUCACAAGGAGUUAGGGGCAGAGGGGAAGGAUGCCCAAUUUGGGUCCUGAUUUUAAAACUGGAAGAAGAUUCUGAGAUCACCUGGACCAAAGUGCUCAGAGCACCUGAGUUUGAGUUGCAGAAAGACCUCCCCUUUCGAGGUCUUGGUUUUUGUUGUUGAGGUUCGGUCCUUUCGGACUUUUAGCACACUAAUACUCUCCAUGGCUUUUCUUGGCAUAGAUGCCCGUGUGAUUUGCUGUUUCCUGCUCUGGUAAAUUAAAGAAAACAAGGUUGUCACUUGCCUAGAGUCACCCAGUUACUAAGUGUCUGAGGCUAGUUCUGAGCUCGUCUUGCUGACUCCAGGCCCACCAAGUUGCUUCCAGCUCUCAGUUUCCCCACCUGUCAGAAUGAGGAGGUGGAACUAAAUGGCUCCUGAGCUCUAGAUGUGGUAUCCCGAGGUUCUGCCUGUUCUCAGCGCACCCCGGCAGCCUGUAAUUAAGCUCCUCAUUCAGUCACUGUCGGAGAAUGUGCGUUAUCACAAACACAUGUCUGGGAGCAGCAGAUCUGCCCGGCUGUUCCCCAGCGGCUGCGGGAGCCGGGAAGCGGUGCUCGGGGGGUUCCCACCUGUCCCGGCCCCUAGCGGCGACCGCUUUUCCCUGGGGCAUUGCGCUCUGGAGAAGAGAGCAGCCCAGAGGAAGAGGGAGAAGCCCGAGGGGACCAGAGCAGCCCCGGGGAGGAGGGAGAAGCCCGAAGGGACGAGGGCAGCUCAGGAGAGGAGGGAGAAGCCCGAAGGGACGAGGGCAGCCCCGGGGAGGAGGGAGAAGCCCGAAGGGACGAGGGCAGCCCAGAGAGGGAGGGAGAAGCCCGUGGGGACUAGAGCAGCCCCGGGGAGGAGGGAGAAGCCCGAAGGGACUAAGACACCCUGGAGGAGAGGAAAGCCUCCGGGAGCCGACGCCAGAUCCGCGUCCCGCUCCAGCCCUGCUCCUUCCCCGCCACGCCCCCCACCGAUGGGGGCAGCAGCGCCUCGCCAAGCCCAGAAAGGGUUAAGGCAGCAAGCGCGGAGGGAGGCUUGAACUGACGUUGCUCUGGCUGAAGGUAGUUCCCCUCCGAUGAGGAUGGGAGAGCCGCGCUUUGGCUGAAACCCGAGCUCCCAGUCAGCCAGGGCUUGGUGUGGUCCCAGGCUCCCUCCUGCCUCCCCGCCUGGAGCCCGAGCCCCGGCAGUUCCCCAGUGCGCCGGCCUCGGGAAGGAUGGAGCUCGCCUUCUGGACCCAAGCGGGGCUCACUCUGCUGCAGCUUCUGCUCAUCUCGUCCUUGCCAAGAGAGUACACGGUGAUCAACGAAGCCUGUCCCGGGGCCGAAUGGAACAUCAUGUGUCGGGAGUGCUGUGAGUAUGAUCAGAUCGAGUGCGUGUGCCCAGGGAAGAAAGAAGUCGUGGGCUACACGAUCCCCUGCUGCCGGAACGAGGAGAAUGAGUGCGACUCCUGUCUCAUUCACCCAGGUUGUACCAUCUUUGAGAAUUGUAAGAGCUGCCGCAAUGGCUCCUGGGGGGGCUCUCUGGACGACUUCUAUGUGAAGGGAUUCUACUGUGCUGAAUGUCGAGGAGGCUGGUAUGGAGGGGAUUGUAUGAGGUGCGGUCAAGUCCUGCGGGUGCCGAAAGGCCAGAUUCUCCUAGAAAGUUAUCCCCUGAAUGCUCACUGUGAGUGGACCAUUCAUGCUAAGCCUGGGUUCAUCAUCCAGCUAAGAUUCGUUAUGUUAAGCCUGGAAUUUGACUACAUGUGCCAGUACGACUAUGUUGAGGUCCGGGAUGGGGACAACAGUGACAGCAGAAUAAUCAAACGCUUCUGUGGGAAUGAGCGGCCAGCCCCCAUCCAAAGCACCGGAUCCUCCCUCCACAUCCUCUUUCAGUCAGAUGGCUCUAAGAACUUUGAUGGGUUCCAUGCCAUCUUUGAAGAGAUCACAGCUUGCUCUUCGUCUCCAUGUUUCCAUGAUGGCACGUGCAUCCUUGACAAAGCUGGCUCCUAUCGGUGUGCCUGCCUGGCAGGCUACACUGGGAAGCACUGUGAAAGUUUGGUGAUGUGUAGGACUCCAGGUGUUCCUGCCCAUGGGAUGGUGGAAGGAAGUGAUCUUAGAUAUGGGGCCCAGGUUUACUUCAGGUGCCUCCCAGGGUACAGCUUAAAAGGCAGUCGGGUCGCCUUUUGUCAGCUUGAUGGGAGCUGGACCAGACACGACCCAGUCUGUGUGCUGGAAGAAAAAAAUUGUUCUGACCCAGGAGGCCCAGUUAAUGGGUACAGGAGGACCUCGGAUGGCAGUGGGCUCAUAAACGGGCGCUAUGCCAAAAUCGGCACUGUCAUGUCCUUCUUUUGCAACCAUUCAUAUGUUCUAAGUGGCAAUGAGCAAAGAACUUGCCAACCAGAUGGAGAGUGGUCGGGGAAACAGCCAAUAUGCAUAAAAGCCUGCAGAGAACCAAAGAUUUCUGACCUAGUGAGGCAGAGAGUCCUCCCCAUGCAAGUCCAAUCAAGGGAGACCCCUUUGCAUCAGCUCUACUCUUCGACAUUCAGCAAACAGAAGCUGGACAGCUACCCAACCAAGAAGCCGGCCCUUCCAUUCGGGGAGCUGUCCCCUGGGUAUGUGCACUUACACACUCAGAUCCAGUACGAGUGCAUCUCACCCUUCUACCGCCGCCUGGGGAGCAGCAGGAGGACUUGUUUAAAGACCGGGAAGUGGAGCGGGCGGGCACCCUCCUGUAUCCCAAUCUGUGGGAAGAUUGAGAAUGUGACAGCUCCAAAGACAACAGGGACCCGUUGGCCAUGGCAAGCGGCCAUUUACAGGAGGACCAGCGGUUUGCAGGAUAGUGGCCUCCACAAGGGCACGUGGUUCCUGAUUUGCAGUGGAGCUCUGGUAAAUGAGAGGACCGUUGUGGUGGCUGCCCAUUGUGUCACUGACUUGGGCAAGAGCAUCUUGAUCAAGACGGCCGAGCUCAAAGUGGUUCUGGGAAAGUUCUACCGAGAUGAUGACCGGGACGAGAAGACUCUUCAGAGUUUACGGAUCUCUGCCAUCAUUGUUCAUCCCAACUACGAUCCUAUCCUGCUCGACUCUGAUAUUGCUGUUGUAAAGCUCCUUGAUAAAGCUCGAAUUAGCAGCAGGGUGCAGCCCAUCUGCCUGGCAGCGCUUCGGGACUUUAGCACCUCCAGCGAGGAGACCCAAAUCACAAUCACAGGCUGGAAAAUUCUUGCUGAUGUGAGGGCCCCCGGUUUUAAGAACGACUCCCUCCGCUCAGGGGUUGUGAAGGUGGUGGACUCUCUACUGUGUGAGCAACAGUAUGAGGACCAUGGGAUCCAGGUCAGCAUCACAGACAACAUGUUCUGUGCCCAGCAGGACCCGACGGUUCCCUCCAAUAUCUGCCCUGCCGAGACAGGUGGCAUUGCGGCUGUAUCUCUGCCUGGGAAAGCUUCCCUCGAACCAAGCUGGCACCUGAUGGGACUGGUGAGCUGGGGCUACGACAAGACUUGUAGCCUCAAGCUCUAUACUGCCUAUACAAAAGUGCUGCCCUUUAAAGACUGGAUUGAGAAAAAUAUGAAAUAAGGCCUAUUUCUGUAAAAUAGUUUCUAUUGUGUAUAUAAAAGUGUGUGCAUGCAUAUAUUUGUGUGUGAAAAUGAGAAAGGAAGGAAGAAAGGAAGGAAGGAAGGAAGGAAGGAAGGAAGGAAGGAAGGAAGGAAGGAAGGAAGGAAGGAAGGAGGGAAGCAAAGGGAAGGAAGGAAAAGAAAGAAAGAGAGAGAGAGAGAGAAAUUGAAAGAAAAUAAAAGUGUAUCCAGGGAGAGGAUAUUGUUUUGAAGAUUUUCUCUCAUUUGCUCAUAAACCCAAGUGUGCCUAAGAACCUAGCACUAGCAACAAGCCCCAACUGGGAUUUAGCAGAGGCAGGAGUACCUAUGAGGCUUCCUUAAUUACGAAUGGAUUGGACUGAAUAUUUAAAAGGGUCUCUAGGUAUGUCUGCCCAGGCUAUAACUUACAGUUAGGUGGGCAGCCCAUUGAGCUGGCCUUUUAGUACCUGUGUUUUAUAUGAAUCCUGUGUUUAGAUCAUGGGCUAGGCUCACAACUGAAAAGGAAGAAAAGAACAACUUGGGCAGCAUUUGGGAAACCAUACAACACUUUGAUGAUAUCAGCCUUCUCCCUGACACACAAGAACAUCCUUUAAACACUAGGACUGUGAAACAUUGAAGACUGUAGUCUCCAUUAUGGAUGACUUAAAGGAAAUGAAUGACAAUAAUUGGCAAGAAAGGUAUCCAAGAAUAUGGAAUCAGUAAAAGAGACAGGGAAGCUGUGAGAGGGAGGAAGAAGAGCUGGACCAUCUGAGGACUGCAUUGAUGCUCGUGGAAUUUUGAGAAACAUAAGGGAAGACCUUCGGUGCACUCAGCAGAUCCUUUGAGGAUUGAUGGAUGAGACAGUAGAUAAGACAAUAGUAACAUGGGCUAAAGGGGUAAGGGUGGGUUGAUAGCUAGACCCUCGGUGCCCAUGUCGAUGAUAUUACAGCUCCAUUCAGGAAUUGCAUACUGAAGAAAUCUCAUGGACAACUUGUGUUUAUAUGAGCUUCAUUACUUCAAAGAAUGUGUGAUCUCUACCAACCAAUCAACAAGCAUUUAUAAAGUACUUAUUAUGUGCAGGGCAUUGUGCUAGGUAUUAGGAAUACAACCCUCAAGGAGCUUACAUUCUAACUUACUAUCAUCUCAUUUCAUCAUAUGUGACAUCAUUAUAGCCUCUUGUAAGUCCAAAAGGGGCCCACCCAGUUUGAAUAAAGGGGCAAAGAAAAGACUAACAAAUCCCUAGGAAAUCAUCAUGGUAGCCUUUCCCAUUUUCCGGGCUGGAUUCUGGGUUUUGGUCAGCAUGCUCAGAUCAGAAGUGGAGAAUAAGCUGCACUGAGUUGACAAAGGGAAUCAAGGGAGAAUAGGGACAAGCAUCCCUGAGGCUUUUGCUUUACCUACAAAAUCCCCAAGUUCCCAAUCUGGGAGUGAGAACUUCUUGUACAAGUGCUGGUCCUGGUGCAUGCUUUCAUGUGCAUUGAUGCCAUAUGAUGUAUUCUUUUCCCUUCCUGAGCUGCUGUAAACACUUUAAUAAAAUGAGGGUUGGCAUUUGAACCUACCAAA